UAAGAUUUUUUGUGAGAGUCAGAAUCGCGGGUGUACCUAAAUAAAAUUAAAUGAAAACCAUACCAUAUUUUUGUACCUAAUUUGUACUAUUUAGUACCUCGUUUAAAAAAAUUUGUACCUCACGGUACGUAAAGUUAUCAUCAAAAAACAGGUCACCCGCCAUCCUGACAGUCAGAAUGGCGGGUGUACUUUAUUACGCUAUGUUCCCGUGGUUAUUGAUAAAUUCUAUAAAAGCCAAAUUUUUGUACCUUUUUUGUACCUUCAUAUUCAAUUAUAAUAUGAGUCAUUUUAUUUGUGCUUUCCCAGUUUUACUCAUUUUAUAUUUUGCUUGCUAUUACAAUUUUGCAGGCGUUAUAAUUUUUCAAGUUAUCGAUUUAAUUUUUAAGAAAAAACGCUAAGGUACAAUUAUUUUUAUUACACCAGGAUUUAGUACCUUUAAUGUUUAAUCUGUUAAGUUCAAAUAACUCAGUAAAUCAUGUCUUAAAAAAGGCUAGGCGCCAAUUCAAAGAAAUCUUCUUAAGAAAAAUCAUUUUUAAGACAUGAUUUUCUGAGCUAUUAGAACUUAACAGAUUAAACAUUAAAGGUACUAAAUCCUGGCGUAAUAAAAAUAAUUGUACCUUAGCGUUAAAAAAGGCUAGGCGCCAAUUCAAAGAUAUCUUCCUAAGAAAAAUCAUUUUUAAGACAUGAUUUUCUGAGUUAUUUGAACUUAACAGAUUAAACAGUAAAGGUACUAAAUCCUGGCGUAAUAAAAAUAAUUGUACCAUAGCGUUUUUUCUUAAAAAUUAAAUCAAUAACUUGAAAAAUUAUAACGCCUGCAAAAUUGUAAUAGCAAGCAAAAUAUAAAAUGAGUAAAACUUGGAAACCACAAAUAAAAUGACUCAUAUUAUAAUUGAAUGUGAAGGUACAAAAAAGGUACAAAAAUUUGGCUUUUAUAGAAUUUAUCAAUAACCACGGGAACAUAGCGUAAUAAAGUACACCCGCCAUUCUGACUGUCAGGAUGGCGGGUGACCUGUUUUUUGAUGAUAACUUUACGUACCGUGAGGUACAAAUUUUUUUAAACGAGGUACUAAAUAGUACAAAUUAGGUACAAAAAUAUGGUAUGCUUUUCAUUUGAUUUUAUUUAGGUACACCCGCCAUUCUGACUCUCACGAUUUUUUUUAAACAACCUGGAAACCGAAUGCUUUAAAUGUAAAAAAUACGUACUCUUUGAUUUAAACGUGACAAUUGACAAAUGUCAUUCAUUCCUUUUUUCCAAAGUUGUAUUAGCUACUAAUUGUUUAUAGUUAUAGCAUUAAUACAGUCUAUUUUUCUAUUUAGGGUCUGCAUUAUAGGUACAUACAUGCAGGAGGGAUGUAUAACAAUGGUGUACUUGUUGGUAAUUGGGUCGAAGAACGGCUUAAAAAUGAAGAUGACUUCAAAUUCUUUUUGCGGAAACGAGACAGACGUGAACUACUGUUACAAAAAGCCAGGACUUUGUAUAGCAAUUUGCUGAAAGAGAGGCCACUAUCCAUCAGUGGAAAUUAUGCAAUGUUUGGAUAUAAUGUCCAAUUGAUUGCUCCGGAUAUACCAGUCAAAGGUGCUGGCGGCGUGCAGCACUACGGGCUGGCUUUGUCCAGCCAAGUCGGCGCAAGAGAAGUGGACUGUGAACAGAAUAUAUACGACGGCUGCCUUAUGACGCUCAGCCCGCUCAUGACGCCAUGUUGCCGGAACACCUUUGUUAUACUCAGCAUUGAAGACGAAGCCAUACGUGGGAUGAAAGUUAAUUACGGAGACCAAUUUUUCUUGAAGGCAGAAAAUUACGGAGACCCUGAUGCGCCGCCGCUUUACGUUCGGUACCAGAACUCCGUAGUGCCGGAGCCAUCAAACCGGAUCCCCAUCCGACUUAGUGCCAAGCGAGACACCAAUUGCCGCUGGACCACCGUGCCGUUGCUGCCUUGCGACCGCCUUGAAGGCAUAGGCAAACCUAUUGAGACUGGCAAAAAGCUUAUCAUAAAGAAUUGCGUUGCUGAUAAGAGUUUGAGCGUCAUGUAUCAAAACUGGAUGCAAACGUUCUUUGGCAUGUACAAAUUGGACACCUUUCGGAAUCAAAUGGAAAAUGGCGACCUGAUGCUUGCGAGAUACCGGAAGAUGACUGAAAACCUUAAUGCCCCCACCGUCUUGACUCAGUCUACGGGAACCACUGCUUUUGGUGCCAAGAUUUCAUUGCUUGCCCCUCACAUAUCAGUUUCAGACACACCGAGUGCGAAAUAUAAGGGUCUCUUCUUGGGCGGUCGCAUUUCGGCUGAUGACAUAAUGUACUCACAAGACCUCCGCGAUGGAUGCUCGGUGGUAGCUCACCAGGAUGUAGUGCCACAAGAAAAACACACGUUCGUAAUAACCACUGCCGAUUAUUGUAAUCGGGAACACGAAGUCUUGAAGUAUAAUCAGGAAUUUCUUCUAACUCUCUCUAAAACAGUAAAGACAAAGCCCCUUUAUGUGAGGUUCGACUUGAACCCAAUCCCAGGAUUAUGCGGCAAGUUCCCGGUCUUCCUAAGCGAGCACGCGGUAUCAAGCACGCGUUGGCGAAUCCUGCCGGCCCAGAGACCUAACAUCUCUCGAUUUGAACAGGAAGGGAAACCAGUCCCUGUAAAUGAAGACAUUAUAAUAAAUCAUUGCGCCACAAAUAUUAAUUUAGGCGUGGACACCGGGAAGUGGGAAACGGGAUUCUACGGGAAAAUUUACGCUCCCCUGAUGAAAACCUGCUUAGAUGUAUUUGGGCGCGAAUUGCCGAAUAACGUUUGGCAUAUUCACAUUCCUAUCGCCAAAGACUGACUCUUUUCAGUGUUUACAUCGUAAUAUGCGUACCAAUAAAGUGCCUAGGUACUUUGUUCAAAAUCGCUUAAACUGUAGAAAAUUAAAUAUAGUUCAUUGUAUACUUAAUUAUUAUGCCUAUUAGGUAUUUGCUUGUUUCUCGAGAGAACGUUGUUUUACAUAGAUACAUUUGGUAUAGAGCGCCCUUUCAGCGAUGUAGCGUCUGGCUUGCUUAUGCUGUAAAAAACUAGCAUAGAACCUUGACUUGCCCUCAAUUCUGGACGUAAAAGAGGAAUUGCUAUUUUGGCAGGGAUAACCAGACCAACCAUGGAAAAGUCAACAAACAACGCACAGUUUAAUUAAACCAAUUUGUAAAUUUUAUCUGUAAGACACAAAAAUCAUGAGCAUGUUACGUUUUAUGUAAGUCUUUACUUGUAUUUUUAUGUAUGUAGUUUGUUUAUAUUUGUUAUACAUUUUUAACUUUAAUUUAUUUAUUCAUUAAUAAAGUUGUGUAGUAUUUCGUUAACUUG